GCAAGGGAUUAUGGCAUGAGUGAAUGUUUAACGCAUGAGCGAAGCGAAUGCGGUAAUAUCACGAAUGUCAUAAUCCCUUGCAUUAUAAACAAAUUUCAUACGCUAUUUUAUCGCCGACUAGAACUUUUCAAAAAUAAAAAUUCUGAUCGAUAAACUUAAAUCGGAAAUACCUAAAUCUAAAAUUACAUCAAAGCGGUUUUAAACAUUACCAUGGUUUUUGAUAGCUCACUUUUGUUAAUAAAUAAAUAAAGCGGCGCCAUUUGCACAAAACACGCACAAAACAUGAAUUUUGCGGAAGAUUUGAGUUUGUGUGAUGCAAUUUUAAAGAAAGCGGAAGAAGCGGAAUCCAGUUUGUGUCCAAAGAAAUCAGAAGACUUUUACAAAAAGGAAUUUGAAAAAUUUUGUCACUGGAUGCGGAACAAUAAUGCCGAAAUUGUGACAGAGAAGGUUUUGCUGGCGUAUUUUCUGGAUCAGUCAAAAAAUUACAAGUCCUCGUCAUUGUGGUGCAUGUACUCCAAGCUGAAAUGUAUGUUACGAAUAAAAAAUGACAUUGACAUUAGCCAGUUUUCUAAACUUUCUGCUUUUUUAAAAAAGUGUUCAGUUGGGUAUUCAGCAGAAAAAUCUUUGGUGUUCUCAAAGAAUCAGUUAAUAAAUUUUUUGACCUCGGCUUGUGACGAACAAUAUCUCCUUAUGAAGGUUGUUGCAAUAUUUGGAUUAUUUGGUGCUUGCAGAAGGAUAGAGUUUUACAAUUUACGUGUAAGCGAUGUCCAAGAAGAGGGUGCAGUUUUUGUGCAUGAAUUACACUGA